AGUCUAUCUUAAUGCCAGCUUCCUGUCUUCCUUUACAGUAUUACCCUCGUGCAUUACAAUACGUGGAGUGACAAAAUUCAACUACUGCCUUCUAGGCUCUGUUGUUACAAGCUGCGCCUAAUUGAUUAAUUAUUCGUUUUAGUAUUCGAAAUGGGCUCCGAAACGAACUCAGUAAUUCUAGUGUGUGGAGACGUUAAAGGAAAAUUUAACGCUCUCUAUAAUAAAGCGAAAUCUACGGUUGAAAAAUUUAAAAAUGUCAAGGCAUUGUUUUGUAUAGGCGAAUUUUUUGGUGAGAAUAAUGAGGAAUGGGACCCUUUUCGUAAAGGAGAAAAGAGAUUUCCAUGUUCUAUCUACGUUACUGGACCAUGUUCACCAGAAACUGCAGCCCAUUUCGACAAGAUAGAUGUAAAAGGUGGUGGUAAUUUGGCUGAAAAUGUUUUCUUCUUAGGUCGCCGAGGUGUUCUUUCAUUGAGUGGUGGAUUGAGAGUCAUGUAUUUGUCCGGACUACAAUCAAAAGACGAUACUGACCAAACUUGGACUUUCGCCAGAAGGGAUUAUAACUACCUAUCCGAGCUCAAGCAAUGUGACGUUUUGUUAACGUCCCAAUGGCCUUAUGAUGUGUACAAGAAAGCAGAUAAAAAGCCUAAUCUUAGUGAUGAUGUAAUAAAAGGGCAUUGUAAAACUAUAUCUGUCCUUGCCCAGAUCAAUCAACCUCGCUAUCAUUUCUCUGCUCUUCAUGACACUUUUUACCAACCACCUCCUUACAGGAAUUCAAAAGGAAAUGUGACAAGAUUCAUUAGCCUGGCCAAUGUUGGGAAAAAGUCUGAAAAGUGGAUGUACGCUGUGUCACUAACUCCUGUUUGGAGAUUGAGCAAAGAAGAAUUUCGUAAAGAACCAGCGGGAACUACAGAAACACCUUAUACUGGCCCUGAAAUGACUAAGUUUGCAGCUGCUCUUGGCUAUAGAGAGCCUCCAAAACGGGCACUGCAGAAGGCCGAUGAUUCGAGGCAGUAUUUCUAUGAUACUCCAAGUCAGCCAACUAAAACCAAAAGGAAACACUCAGAAAUAUCUAAAGAGCCUGAUAAUGAAGUCAUACCAAAAAUGCCUUAUAAGCUAUCUGGAGGAGAUUGUUGGUUUUGUUUAUCAAGUCCAAACGUCGAAAAACAUUUGAUUUAUAACAUUGGAACGAAUGCUUAUGCAGCAUUAGCAAAAGGUCCCUUAAUUGCCUUCCAUUCUCUUAUUCUUCCUGUCGAGCACCUGUCUUCAUCUUUGAGCCUUGAUGAGGACACAUUCACCGAAAUUGAAGGAUAUAAGGUGAAGAUAAGAGCCAUGUUUGAUUCUAUGAACUUUUCGGUUGUAUUUUUUGAAAGAAAUUAUAGAACGCCCCACAUGCAACUUCAGGUAUUUCCCAUUCCAAAAAAUGUUGGACCGAACUUUGCUAAUACUCUGAAGAAACACGCUACUAUUAACGGUUUUUCGUUCAAAUCCUAUGAUAGUGCUACUACUCACUUGAAAAGCGUUAUAUCACCGGAAUGUAUCGGCUAUUUAUACUUCGAAGAUAGUGAAGGACAAAUACACAUCUGUCAAUUGGACAAACAAAUCGGAAAUAGAGUGAUUUUGAGCUUUGGAAGACGGGUACUAGCAGAUGUCGAUUUAUUGAAUGUACCAGAUAGAGUAGAUUGGAGAUCUGAAAGUUGUGCAAUGACGACAGAAGCUCAAAUCGCAAUGGCUUCAAAGCUAAAAAAGAAUUUUCCAAGCUGA